AGGGUGAAAAAAAAAAAGAUCAAAUAUAGAUUGGUAGAGAUCUAUUCACAACAUGGCCUCAAUGAUUCUUGAAUGAUCAACUUUAGAUCUAGAUAUCUCUAUAGAUCUAGAGUUAAAGUCUACACAUUGAAGGAUGAGUUAGUUAUAGAUCUAAUCAUCUGUACUAAAUCUAUAUAGAUUUAAGUGAUUUUAAGAUCUAAUUUGUGGUUCCCGCCUUUAACUUUACUGAGUUUACUGCUGGGACACUUGCACUACACUGAGUCUGACUACACUACUUCAAUCAGUACUUGCAGUACUCGGUACCUCUACUGGCGGCUACUGGCCUCUACCGUUUACAGAGACCGAGUGUACUCACUCUCAGGUCUCAACUUUUGUGAAGUCUGGAAGAUUUAAUCAAGCAGUUGAUUUGACUGACAUAGAUCUAGACUGUAGUAGUUCUAGUUACCUAGUAGAUCUAUUGUCUAGUCUAGUCUCUAGAUCUAGAUUUAAAUAGUAGACUAGAUCUACUCAUCUAGUACUGUACUAUAUUAUAUAGUAUAUAAUUUAUUUUUCAAAAAUGACUUCAUUGUUAGUGAAGAAAACACCCCAAACUGCAAGAUAUUUGCAUAUUUUGAAGAGAUAUUUAAGCUCUUCUUUAAAGCAAAAUACCUUGCGAGAUCUAGAGCCACUGGAACAGGUUGCCUAUCCACCCAUUAAGCCCAAAUUUCCUGAGGGUACAUGGGGUAAGAUGGAUCACAAGUAUGCAUGGCAGUGGCAGGAAUUAAAAGAGAACUUUUUAGGAAUUUCUAGUAUUCAGGAACGUUUAAGUGCUCUCUUAAAAAAUGAAAAUAUGUCAAUGUUAGUUCCAGUCAAAAGAGACUGGUGUGUGCACAACUUUGAUGAGAGAAUUCAAGAACUAAAUCAAGCGUCAGCUACGGUAAUGGAUAUCUCAGCCAUCAAUGAACAUCCAGCUACUUUACAAUUUCGAGAAUAUAUUACAAAAACUUUGUUGCUGCCUUGGAAAGAUUUUCAGCCUAAUGCACUGAAAAACUUCACUGUCAAUAACAUCGACACCUUAAUAUCUGAGUUGAAACAACAUAUAAGUGACCAUUUACUGUUGCAGCAUGAAAUUCGACCAGUGAACCUAACAUUAGAAGAUAAAAAGUACCAGUGCCAAUUGUUGUUUCGUUCACUAUCGGAUUUCUUAAUCGCGAAAUUAGGAAACCAAAGGGAAUAUUUAAAAACCUCCCAGUUUGACGAGAAAGUAUUAGUUCGAGCUCUCUGGAGUAGACAUGGAUUUGAGAGGAAAAAGAAAAUCUAUGUUCAUGAUCCUGAUGUUACAAAAUAUGACAUAGUCCAAGAUCAACAUAUGGCAUUUCAGAGUCAGUUCGAUGCUAUGCUUAAAAGCCAUUUACCAUUAACAGAGUUUGUUCCAAGAGAUGCUUAUUUGACGACCAGCCAAGCUGCUCCUAAACUUCCAUACAGGUAUACAACAUACGGACAAGAAAAGCCUUUGACAAAGAAAAAACCAAAGAAUAUUCUAGCGGGUCACAGGUUGGGUGAUCCUUGUGAAUUUGGUUUGGUUGGACUGCUCUCUACUCUUGAUACAGAAAGUGUUGAGAAGAAACUUGGUCCAAAAGUAGGCAAAGACUGUCGGCUGGCAUUUGGCAUCACAAGUGUCUUCAGUUGGUUGACAGCGCAAGCAUGUUACCAAGGCUUCAGUCAUAUUGUUGAUGUGACCUACCCACUGGCAAGUCAGUUGAUACUGUCUGAUGGUCACAAGUUCUCCUUCCUGGCCUACCAACUGAACACAUUGGAAUUGUGGAAGGAUGAUGAGGGCAAUCCUCUCUUGAACCCCUGCUGGCACACAGAGGAGAUGCCCCUGUAUCACAGUGUUGAGAACGGCAAGGUGAGAGAAUUCAAUGAUGAUGUUUUACGUCUGCUGAUCCAAACAUUUGCCAUGCCUGCGGCUGAUCGGGGUUACAAUAUGAAACCAACUCUGCCUGCCGGAACUGAUUUGCAGAUGACAGAUUUUAUUCCCCGGAAAGUUUUUGUCCCUCCAGUGAUAGAAGAAGAACAAUACAUUGUGUCUUGAAAUGUUUUAGCAAAAUAAGUUUUUGUAUGUCAAAACAUUCUAGAACUGAGAGUAUAAUUUAUCUCAUCUCAUCUGGAAACUCUUUUUUUUUGUUUUUAUUCAUGGAAGAUUUAUAAUUAAAACUUUUAAUAAACAAAUGAGUUACAAAUA